CCAGUCUUACGUCAACUAUCUAUAAUAAUAAUUCACAAUAAAAAGAACAAUACAAAAAGAUGCCAGCAUCUCCAGACCGCAGGCGGGGGGAUGACUCCCGCUCCCCACGACGUGACCGCGACAGCUCAAGCUACCAUCGCCGUCGUUCUCCUAACCGACCAAAUUCAGGCAGGUCAUCCAGACCGCGAGAUGGUGGAUGGGGGAACAGGGAUAGGGUCCGGGAACAGGAAAAAGAUGGAGGGUACGGUCGUGGUAGUGAUAAGGGCGACCGUGGGUCGUACAGGAGCUCGAGUCGGAGGGACAGGGAGGGAUCCUAUGGUCAAAAGGAGAGGGAAAGUGAGAGAGCUAAGGAUAGGAAGAGAUAUGACGAUGAUGUCGGGAGAGAGGACUCCGAUCAGCCACCUGUAGAACGGGAGAAACCAAACUUUAGCAGCUCUGGUCUACUGGCCAAAGAGACCAAUACUGUCAAGGGAGUGGUCGUCAAGUACAACGAACCGGCAGAGGCAAGAAAGCCAACAAAGAACUGGAGAUUAUAUGUGUUCAAAGGGACCGAGCAAAUAGAUUUGAUUCACAUUUAUCGACAAUCAUGCUAUCUCAUUGGGCGGGAUGAAGUUGUCACCGACAUCCCCGUUGCCCAUCCAUCCUGUUCAAAACAACACGCCGCUAUCCAAUACCGUCAGAUGACUGAACGAAACGAGUACGGCGAUGUGGCUACAACCAUUAAACCAUUCAUAAUCGACCUGGAUUCGACGAACGGGACUUUCGUGAAUGACAUUGAAAUUCCCAAGUCAAGAUAUUACGAAUUAAGACCCAGUGACGUUAUCAAAUUUGGUACAUCCUCACGUGAAUACGUCCUCCUCCAUGAAGAUGUCUCAAGCUAGAUAUCUUGCCAGUUGGAGUAAGAAAAGAAAAAUCACAUUUUACAUGAUGCACUGAUUACUUAUUGACGUGCACGGCUUCGCUCAAAAUCUACAUGCAUGUCCUAUUCACAGCA